AUGAGUAAACCAAAAAUACUAAUAAGUCAAAUAAAAAAUAUAACAGAUAUUAAAACUUAUAAUUUGAAAGGAAUUGAAUCAAGUAAAAAAAAAAUUUUUGGUUAUGUUGAAAAUUUGCCAGGUGAAAAAAAUUGGUUAAAACCGCUUAUUGGAAAAAGUAUGCAAAAUUAUUAUUUUCCUUCUAAAUAUUUGCAUCUAGAUUUUAAUUUAAAAGAGUAUUUAAGAAUGCAAACUGUUCGUUUUAAAAAAAAAGAUAUUGACGAUAGUUUAAUUAAACUGCAAAAAUGUAUCAAUUUAAUUAUUGAAAAUAAAGUUUUAAUUGAUAAUUUUUUAUCAAAAAUAUCAAAAGAAUUAUUUUUAGAAAAUCAAAGCUUAAAAGACUUUUAUGCAUUAUAUUUAACUAUUUUUCCUUAUGAUAAAUAUUCACAUAAUCUGUCAUUUAAUAUAUCAGAAUUAAAUAUACCGAAUGAAAGAUUUAACUGGUUUAAUUUUAAUAAUGAAAAUAUAAAUAAAUUUAAAAAUAAACAGAAUUUAGAUCAUUCAAAUAUUUCAACAGAUGAAAAUUUAAAAGAAAAUAAAUUACAUAAUUUAGCAAAUACAAAGGAUAAAAAUAAGUUAAUUAAUGAUGAAAAUUAUAAAAGGAUAAUUUUCACAAAAACAAAAAAUGAUAUACAAUUCAAAAAAAUCAUUUGUAGAGAAAAAAAAGAAAAUGAAAAAGAAAAAGAAGAUAAAAUUUAUUACUUAAAUUGUAAUGUUAAUCUGGGUUUAGAAGAACCUAUAGAAAAUAAGAAAGAAAUAGAAGAAAAAGAACAAUCAAAACAUCUUUUUUAUAAAUUAAUUAAUGAGAAUGAAAAUAUAAAGAAAACAUUACUAAUAAGAAAUAGAUUUAUUGACCCACUAUAUUUAAGAAGGAGAUAUUCUUACAUCGAUAAAUUAACAAAAAAAAAAAUAAAAAAAGAAAAGUAUAAAACUUAUAGAAAACAUUUUAUACAACAUGCUGAUGAAAAGAAAAUAUGGCCAGAUAACAAAGGGUUAUUAAAUAAAAUAUAUCCAAACCCGUAUUCUUAA